AUGGGUCGCUCCCGCCGUACGGGCGCGCACCGAGCGCACUCCUUGGCCCGUCAGAUGAAGGCGAAGCGGCGGCGGCCGGACCUGGAUGAGAUUCACCGCGAGUUGCGGCCCCAGGUCGCCGCACGGCCCCGGCCAGACCUAGGCGCUGAACCCGAUCCCGAUCUGCCAGGGGGCGGCCUGCAUCGCUGUCUGGCCUGCGCGAGGUACUUCAUCGAUUCUGCCAACCUGAAGACCCACUUCCGAUCCAAAGAUCACAAGAAGAGGCUGAAGCAGCUGAGUGUGGAGCCCUACAGUCAAGAAGAAGCGGAGAGGGCAGCGGGCAUGGGUUCCUAUAUUCCUCCCCAGCGGCUGGCAGUGCCCACAGAAGUAUCCACUGAGGUCCCUGAGAUGGACACGUCUACAUGA